AUGGACACUUCACAAUACACCCAUCGUGACCUUGACGAACUAAAGAAGUUCUCUCCCACAUCGCCGCUUCGCGUCAUCGCCUUAAUCGACUUCGACGCUUUCUAUGCGCAAUGCGAGAUUGUUAGAUUGGGUCUACCGUCCUCAACACCGUUGGCCGUACAACAGUGGAAUGCUAUAAUCGCGCUCAACUAUCCUGCACGUGAGUCUGGACUCAAAAGGGGUGCAUCGAUAGACGAAGCCCGGAGACUCUGUCCGGACAUUGUCUUACAACACGUCGCAACGUGGAGAGAAGGCGAGACAACAUGGGCAUACCGGCCAGAUGUUACAAAACAUAUGGCGACUGACAAGUCAGCCCUGGAUUCAUAUCGCCUUCGAUCGCGCAAGUGUUUUGAAUUCAUUCGCAGCCUGUUGCCAGAGGAGCCUGUUCAGAAAGUCGAGAAAGCUAGUAUAGAUGAGGUGUUCCUGGAUUUGUCGGCUCAGGUUCAUCAGAUUAUGCUUCGGCAGUUUCCGGAGCUUGCAGAGCAACCUGACGACUUGGAACAAUAUCUCCCCUUACCCAGUUUCUCUUCACUUUUGGAUUGGGAGGACGAUCACGUUGUGGAUAUUGAAAAGGCUGAUCCGAGGCCUGAUUGGGACGACAUUGCCCUCAAUAUCGGAGCCAGCAUCAUUCGUCGUAUUCGAGCUGAAGUCUUGACCCAUUCAGGGUAUACUUGCUCCGCAGGCAUUGCACACAACAAGGUUGUGGCUAAACUUGGUGCUGGUUUCAAGAAACCUAAUCGGCAAACUGUGAUCCCGACGCAAGCAACAUGCAAUUUUCUAGCAAAUCAAAUCGUCAAGCUCACCAAGAUACGUGGGCUGGGAGGAAAGCUCGGCCAACAAGUCGUAGAUGCGUUUGGCUCUGACCGCGUGGAUGAUAUUCUUCGCAUACCAAUCGAAAACUUGGAAGCAAAAUUAGGCAAGGAGUCCGGCUACUGGCUGUACAACGUUGUUCGCGGCAGAGAAACCAGUAUUGUGACGUCACGACUUGUAGUCCAGUCAAUGCUGUCAGCAAAAACCUUCGUUCCAAGCGUGGGAAGCUUCGAGCAAGCUAUGAAGUGGCUUCGCAUAUUCGCUGCGGACCUGAUGGGCCGCUUGAAUGAGCUUCAGAGCGAGUAUCCUCGUCAACCAACUGUCGUUACCCUGCACCAUCACAUUAAUGGCCGCUUUGGCCCUACGCGAUCGAAACAAGCCACAAUACCGUCGGGUAGUAAGGUUGAUGAGAUGGCCAUUUUUACUUGGUCGAAAUCCUUACUUCGUCAGAUUUGCGAUGAAGGUAUAGCGUGGCCUUGCGCGUGUCUGUCUGUAAGCAUAUCCGGAUUUCAGCCACUUGUCACACGGAAUCAUCGCAUCACUUCGUUCUUCACUACAGACUCCACCAAUACGAAGCGCCUGCGCGAUGUUUAUGAGGAUGAUGAAAAAGAACGGCAAGAGCCAAAAAAGAUUCGUACGGAAGGCGGCCACGAAACGUCAUUGGAAGAAACGAAGUCAGCCUCUGCAUCUUCUAAAAAAGAUGGGGUGAGAUCACUGCAUACCGAUUUGCAUGACUUACAAGCCGAGAACGUCUUUUCGUACGAUUGUCCAAAGUGCAGUCAGAGCAUACAGGCUACCCAAGUGCUUGAACAUCUCGACUGGCAUACUGCACUCGAGAUACAAGAAUCAGGAGAGUGA